GUCUGUUUAAGUCCAUACAUAAAUAGUUAAUUAAUGUAUUCAAAUGUUGCCUUUGUCCUUCUUUCAUAAGUUUCUUUUCCUGUCUUUUCUAUUUCUGAUAGCAACCUUUUAUUGAUUAAUUUCACUUUCAAAAGAAUCCUCUUUGCACUAAAUUUUCUACACAUACGCUUCCUUUUCUUGCUUUUCUUGCACUCCAAGUUUUUCUUCUUUUUAUUUUGUUUUCCUUUUCUGUUCCUUUCUCUAUAUAAAUGUAGCUUACAUUUAUGUAACCGGGUGAUGCAUUGCAGGCUGCUCUAGUUUAAGAGAAAAUGAAAAUGGGUAGUAAUUUUCAUGUUCUCUUUCUGUUGAUUUUAAUGUCAAAUGUUACACCAAGGUGCCAAUCAUGGGGUUGGUUUUUUUCUUCAACAGAGAAUCCCUCUUCUUCUGCUGCCCAUAACCCUUCACAGAGAAAUUACCCUUUUGCUAGUUCUGUAGCAGAGUUUUCAAUUGAUGGACUAAAAGAUGACAAGGGAAUGAAACUGCUUGAAAAUGCCAAGAAAAAACUCGAUAUCUCAAAUUCUUGUUGGCAAAAUGCAUACCAUCAGCUUUUUGCUGGUUGCUCACAGAUUCUUGCUGUUGAAGAGAAGCGAAAGCAAUUGGCCUGGCAUCUUAGUGAUUGCUUUCAAAAGGACUCUGGAAGGCUGCCUUUUCCUUACUGUGACACAAAAUCUCCCAUGCUUAACUGUCUCAAGAAAUUAAGUGAUAAUGAACAUAAAGUUUAUCUUGAGUUCUUGCUUGAAACCAAUGCCAUCUGCUAUCAAUUACAGGCACAUUCUUUUAAGCAUAAAAUGGAAAGGCUAGUGAAUGAUCUUAAAGAUUCAGCAGAAUUUACCACAGACCAACUACAAAUCAUACAUGAGAGAACAGAAUCCUUAUCGAAGAGCUCGGAUCAAAUACAUGAAACCUUAAGUUCGAUUGAUUUUCAGGUUCAGAAUGUAGCUCAGACAACAAAGGAUGUAAAGGGCAACAUGGUUGUUUUAUCUCAGCACUCCGAAGCUGUUUAUAAGCAAUCCAAAGAAAUAGCUAAUUCACAAUCUGAACUGCGAGAAGAACAGGUAAGAAUGAAUGACAAGCUGAAGGAAGGAAUAGCAACAGUUCAUGAUGCUUACACCAAUUUGGGGCAACAAGUGGAUAAUUUAAGGAAUGAAACCGUGGAAAUAGAGAAACAGAUUGGUGCAGUUGGAGAAACAAUGUCUCUGAGGAUGCAAAAUUUGCAAAAUUCAGCCGAUGAGAUCGAGGAUAAGGCAGGUAAAUCCUUAGACAAGCAACAACUUCUUAUAGAUGGACAGUCCACUGCACUCAAGGGUCUUCAACUCCUAACUGAAUUUCAGUCAGAAGCACUAGAAGAAAGCAGGAGUACUCUUCAGAGUUUCACAGAAUAUGGCCGUAGACAGCAGGAAGAGCUACUCCAGCAGCAAGAACAGAUUCAACAAGUCCACGACCACUUGAUUGAAAAUUCAAAGUCGAUAUUGGCUGCUCAGGAAGCAUUUGAAUCAAAGCAAGCAAGCAUGUUCAUUGCUCUGGAUAAACUGUUUGCUUUGCACAAUGCUAUGCUACUUGAAUCGCGAAUAAUUAAAGCUUUUGUCAUCUACUUCUUGCUUAUGUUCAUCAUCUACAUGCUCACUAGCACAAAACAAACAUAUGCCAUAAGAGCCAGGCUAUAUGUUGGUCUGUGUACAACAUUCCUGAUAGAGGUUGCAAUACUUAGACUGACAGCAGAUAACAUUGAACAACAAACAUGGCUAGCUAACUUGGUCAGAUUGCUCUAUGCGCUUGCUGUUUUCAUCCAGCUUCUACAUGCCAUUUUCACAUACAAGGAUUUUGAAGUAUUGAACCAUCAGUUGUUACUAACAGCAGUUGACAAGCUUAAUGCUAUGCAGAGGACUAAAGAGGAGUUGUUAUGGGAAAGUGACAGUGAGCUAAAUUGGUCUUCAUUUGUUGAAAAUGAGUUACCAGAUGAGGUUGAUAAGUUGCAAGAUCCUGACUACAUUAUGCCUGAAGAAGAAGAAGUUGCAGAGAACUCAAUAACCCUCCCAAGAAAAUAUGAUCUCCGCCACCGUCCCCUCAGGAUUUAUUAUUUGUCCUGAAUAGGCAAAAAACUCCUAAAUCUCAUUUUCUAGAAUACUCACGAUUUUUUUUUUCUUUGCUUGUAACAAAAUUUUCUAUGUUUAACCCAUCUCAUACAUUGUUUUUAUUUAAUGAGCAUAUUUUUGUAGAUUGUAUUAACAGGAACAGAACAGGAAAUGGAAUUGAAUACUGGAUCACUUUCCAUUAUGAUAUGCUUCCAAGAUAUGCACUUAUUUACAUUGCAGUUACAUCCAAUGUUAAGUUUCAAAGAUAAUUCUGCAAUGCUAAAUUUGCCAUUAGCAAUCUGAAUCUGAAAAUGGCAAUAAUUUUAGAAAAGGCUUGCAUUUUAUCAAACAACUUCAGUACCUG